CGCCAAUAUUCAUAUUUUUGAUGGGACAGAGAAGUAAAUAAACCAUUGAUGGAGAUAAGCAUUUCGAUAAACUUUCCGUUCAUUCUCAUCAUGGCUCAAGUUUCAGUUACAAGUUAUAAUACUGGACUGGACUGGGAUUAGGAUUAGGAUUAGGAUUUAGGAUCAUACUCGAUUCGACGCACUAUUCAGAUAUGGAAUUCUGUUUAUCCUGCUAAAUCCUUAAUCCUGAUGCACUCAUUCUGAAUUUUAAUGGCGGUUCUACCAAAUUCAUUGUUUCAUCUCCCCCUUUUCUCACCAAAACUCACCAAGAACCCCAUUCGUGCUCCAGUUGUUCGUCUGAGGCUGGAAGAUCAUGAUAACUUUGAAUUCACUCAGAAUAAUCUACAGAGUACGUCCACUAGUGAGUUAGAACUGCGGAGUAGUGAGGUAUGGAAACUGUUUACAGAAGCUCAGCAGAAUAUAAUGUACCUGAAUAAACAACGUAUAAUGGCCUUGGAAGAGCUGAAUAAAGCGAAAAAGGAGAUCGAAACUUUGCAUCAAAGAAUAGAAAGCCUGGAGGCCGGAAAGCAUGAGACUACCAGAAGAGAUGAUUCAUCGGUUCUCUGGCAAUUACUUCUUCGGUUAGAUUCAAUGGUUCUUGCUGGCAUGAUUGACAGAACAAAUGCAUGUGAUUUGAGAAGGCUGGUCAUGAAUACUAAGGUCAAUGAAAACUUCAUGUCUCUGUUGCUGAUGAGAGAUGACGAACUUUUGGCAGAAUUAAAUCGUUUGUCAGAGCAAAAUAAAAGGAGUGGUUUCCAUAUAGUACAUAUUUGCACCGAAAUGGAGCCAUUGGCUGCUGUUGGAUCUUUAGGAUCGUAUGUUACUGGUGUAUCAUGUGCAUCACAAAGGAAAGGAAAUUUGGUUGAAGUUAUUUUGCCCAAGUAUAAAAGCUUGGAUUUGAGUGAUGUACAAGGACUACAAGAAAUACAUUCAAAGUUUUAUUCAUAUUUCUAUGGGCAAUUACAUGGAAACAAAUUAUGGACUGGUGUAGUCCAUGGAAUUGGAGUGACUUUUAUUCAGCCUCUGGACUAUUCAUCAUUAUUUGACCGUGAGAUGAUUUAUGGCUAUUCUGAUGAUUUUGAAAGAUUCACUUACUUUUCUCGUGCCUCAUUGGAUUAUUUGGUGAAAUUGGGAAAGCAUCCUGAUGUGUUACAUAUACAUAAUUGGGAGACCGCAAUAAUUGGACCUCUCUUUUGGGAUAUAUUUGUCAACCAGGGACUUACAGCAACCAGAAUAUUAUUGACAUGCCAAGGUUUUGAUUCCCAGUGUCUUGAGCAGCCUGAAAAGCUUGAACUUUGUGGACUUGAUCCUUCUAGACUUCACCGUCCAGAUCGUUUGCAAGAUAAUGCCAAGUCGUAUCUUGUGAAUGUUUUGAAGGGUGGAGUUAUUUAUUCCAAUAAAGUGGUAGUUAUGUCAUCCAUAAAUUCAAAAGGGAGAAUAAUUCGGAGUCUUGGUCAUGGCUUGGAGCCAACUUUGUCCACUCAUAAGGAUAAGCUGGUUGUUGCUCCAUAUGGAUUGGAUCACACCGUGUGGGAUCCUUCCACGGAUGAAUUGCUUCCUCAAAACUAUAGUGUGAAUGACCUGAAAGGAAAAUCCAUAUGUAAAGCUUCACUACAGAGACAGAUGGGAUUAAGUGAGGAUGCUUCAUCAACACUUGUUGGAUGCAUUUUCUUCGAAAUUUCUGAUGUGGAUCUGGAGAAUCUAAUUGCCCUUCUGCAAAUUGCUGAGUUAAGCGGACUUCAGUUUCUCUUCAUGGGAGUUAGCAAACUGCCGAGAAUCAAUAGUGUGUUACAAUCUCUCAAUGAAGAACUUGAGGGUAAGAAUAUGAGAUUUAUAAACAAGUAUGAUGAAGCUUUCUCUCAUUUGUUAUUUGGAGGGUCAGAUAUAAUACUGUGCCACUCAUAUGAAGAUCCGGUGCUGCAAGUGCCGCUGAAGGCAAUUAGAUAUGGAGCUGCCCCCAUAUUGGCGACUUCCAUUGAAAAAAGAGUCAGGCAUUUUGCGGAGCUCGACUUUGGAAGCACUCAGUUCGCACAGUACAUCUCCACUUUUUCUAACAUGUCCCUAUUGCAAGCUGUAGAUGAAAUAAGGAAUAAGCCCUCGGAGUGGAACCAAAAGAUAAAGGAGGCAAUGUUGAAAGACUUUUCAUGGGAUGCUGAGUGUUAUGAUGUGCAUAUAUCUGCUUAUGAAUCCAUUAAAAAUUUGUAAAUCUUGUAGUAUAAUGUAACCAUAUAAACUAUACAGUCAUGACGACCCUUUUCUCCCCAUGUAUAUAUUAUGUCGUAUAUAUAUUGGAGCAGCUAUUAAAGAGGGUCGAAAACCGGUAUCAUCUACUGACGGCCUGUAUUGUGCUAUCUUUUUUUCACUAAUUGAAAGCAUGAUUAAGUAA